GCCAAGGAGUGUGGUCAGAUGCAGAACAAAUGGCUCAUGAUAAACAUACAGAACGUGCAAGACUUUGCCUGUCAGUGUCUCAACCGUGAUGUCUGGAGCAAUGAGGCUGUGAAGAACAUAAUCCGGGAACAUUUCAUUUUUUGGCAGGUAUACCAUGACAGUGAGGAAGGACAGAGGUACAUACAAUUUUAUAAAUUAGCAGACUUCCCUUACGUCUCUAUCCUGGAUCCCAGGACAGGCCAGAAACUAGUGGAGUGGCACCAGCUAGACGUGACUUCUUUCUUGGAUCAAGUGACUGGGUUCCUGAGUGAGCAUGGACAGCUGGAUGGCCAUUCUACCAGCCCUCCCCAAAAAUGCUCUCGUUCAGAGAGUCUCAUUGAUGCCAGUGAGGACAGCCAGUUGGAAGCUGCUAUCAGAGCCUCAUUACAGGAGACACAUUUUGAUUCCUCACAGGCCAAGCAGGAGAGUCGGUCAGAUGAGGAGUCGGAGUCAGAGCUUUUUUCUGGAAGUGAAGAGUUUAUUUCAGUUUGCGGAUCUGAGGAGGAGGAGGAAUCGGAGAAUCCUGCCAAGUCGAGGAAGUCUCCACACAAGGACUCGGGGUAUAAAAAAGAGGAGAGCCGGAGGCCUCAGCCUGAGCCGCCUGCAAGGACUGAGCCUGGGACAACAUCAAAUCACAGAGUACUGCCCUGUAUUGAUGCAGGGAUACUGGAGGAGUCAACUGACAAGCCUGAAAGUACAUUUCAGGGCCUAGAUGUGAAUGGACCAAAGGCACAGCUGAUGCUAAGGUAUCCAGAUGGAAAGAGGGAACAAAUUUCACUGCCCGAACAAGCUAAACUUCUGGCUCUUGUGAAACAUGUCCAGUCAAAAGGAUACCCCAAUGAACGCUUUGAGCUUCUCACCAACUUCCCUCGAAGGAAACUCUCCCACCUGGACUAUGAGAUCACAUUACAGGAGGCAGGCCUGUGUCCUCAAGAGACUGUCUUUGUUCAGGAAAGGAAUUAGCACCGUGGCCUGAGUUCUCCCAGCCUUCUUCCCAUCUUCUCUUUGCCUGGGACACCAACUCAUUGAAUAUGUAGUUGAGAGUCAUAGGAUUGCAGUGCUGAAAUCAGACAGGCAGCUGGCUGGCCCCUCUCUCUCUUCUUCCCUUCUCCUGCUCUAGUGACCAAAUGAGAGUGUUCAAAGUUUCCUCAGCCUGGGCCCUGCAGAGAGCAUUGGGAAUAACAUCUUUCCUUUGUUUUCAUGGAAUAAAGUAAAAUGGUGAUCUGUGCAUCCAGUAUGCUGGGGCUUGGAGUGGCCAUAAUACACAUACCCUUCUUGCUGCUAUUCUUAAGUCUGUUUUGUUUAAUUUAUUUUUGAAAAUAGUGUGUGAUAAGGCACUGAGUCAUCUCUCUGUAAGGAGAGAGUGUAAUCUUCAGUGCAGUCUUUCCUUUGUUUUGAUUCUCUACACAAAAGGUCUCCAUUAACCUUACAGCCCUCUUAAGGGUUCACUUAUCUAGCGCUCUACAGAAACUUUGUCUUUGGGAAGGAGUUGGGUUGAGCUGUGGUGAGAUACUUUGCCUCCAUCUAAUUUAAAGUCUUCUAGAUUGCAUGCGUGUUUUCCUCCUGCUUUAAAUGCUGCCAGUGGACAUAG